AUGUUUGCUGCUAGUCGAAACCACGUGGUUGCUGUGAAACAUUUGAUUGUGAAGGGAGCAAACGUGUGCACCCAUUCAACAGAAGAUGGCAGAACAGCGUUUGCUUUAGCAGUUUCUGGAGGGAGCUGUGAGACAGUUGCAGCAAUAGCUGAUGAGACACUUAGGCAGAAUCUAGGUCUUGACAGUUGGGACUUUUAUGGUUGGACUCCCCUGAUGCAUGCUGUUUACUUUGGAACACCUGACAUAGUAAAAAUGCUUGUGCAGAAGGGUUGCAACGUCAAUGUAGCUGACAUAACUGGCAAGACACCUCUGAUAGUGGCAAUAGAGUGUUCACGAGAAGAUAUGGUGUUCACUUUAUUGAAUUCUGGUGCGAAUCCAACUUCAAAAACAAAGAAAGGUCGAACAGCUGUUGAUUAUGCUGAGGUUUAUAAUGGGUAUCCUGGCAUUGUUAAUAUGGUGCAGGCUGCUGCAGUUGAUGGAGAGGAAAUCAUUGUAGAUCUGUUAGAAAUUAAAGCACAGCACAACAAAUACAGCCAAGGAAACAGGAUAAAGAUUGUACAGAAGGAACUACAGUAA